GGGCGCGCAAGGGGCAACCCGAAAAGGAAGCAAACCCGCUUCUCUUCCACACGUGACGUUCCGGGGCGGGUCUCUCCCGACCGUUUGUUCCGGGGGCGGAUUUAAGGCGGGCGGGGUGCUGCCGAGCUGCUUUCUGUUUCGCUCCGGGUUGCUGCGCUGAUUCUGGGCCGGACGUCCUGUGCGCAGAGAUGGCGCGCCUGGCACGCUGCUCGCUCCCCUUGGCCGGCCUCUUGUUUCUCUUGCUCCGGCCAUGCGUGGCUGAUACGCCGGCCAACUGCACCUUCGAAGACCUGGAGGGCACCUGGGUCUUCCAGGUGGGCAGGGGCCAAGGCGCCCCCGGCAAUCAGAUCGACUGCUCGCAAGUGGGGCCUAUCGAGAGAAAAAUAGUGGUUCGCCUCCAGAGGCUUGAUGUGGCUGAGGAUGAUGAGGGGAACAGUGGCUUUUUCACGAUAAUUUACAACCAGGGCUUCGAGGUCGUGUUGAACAGCUACAAGUGGUUUGCGUUUUUUAAGUAUGAAACAAGUAAGGGGCAAGUAACCUCUUACUGCAAUGAGACGAUGCCGGGAUGGGUGCAUGAUGUCUUGGGUCACAACUGGGCGUGUUUCAUCGGCCAGAAGGUUUCCCCUCCAGCCUCUAGUGUUCAUGUAGAUCUGCUGCCUGUUUGGACAACCUAUGGAAGAUAUCUGAAACGGCCCUAUGUCCCCAGUAUUGACUUUGUGAAGGCGAUCAAUGCUGUUCAGAAAUCCUGGACUGCCACAACCUACCAAGAACAUGGACUGCUCACCUUGGAAGAAUUCUAUAAGAGAGCCGGAGGGUUGAAGUCCAGAAUACCAAAUAGGCCGAAGACUGCCCCGUUGACCUCUGAAGUGACCAAGGCAGCCUCCUCCCUGCCCACCUCUUGGGACUGGAGAAAUGUGAAUGGUGUGAAUUACGUCAGUCCUGUACGAAACCAAGGGUCCUGCGGAAGCUGCUACGCCUUCGCUACCAUGGGCAUGAUGGAAGCACGGAUCCGUGUCCUCUCCAACAAUACCCAGACUCCGGUUCUGAGUCCCCAGCAAAUUGUCUCCUGUGCGGAGUACGCGCAAGGUUGUGAGGGAGGAUUCCCCUACCUCAUCGGGAAAUACGCUCAAGAUUUCGGCGUGGUCGAGGAGGCGUGCUUGCCUUACACCGGCACUUCCUCUCCCUGCUCUCUGAAGAAGAACUGUUACCACUACUACACGGCUGACUACCACUAUGUUGGAGGGUUUUACGGCGGAUGCAACGAAGCACUGAUGAAGCUUGAACUUGUUAAAAACGGGCCAAUGGCCGUCAGCUUCCAGGUGUAUCCGGACUUCUCAGCUUACCGUGGGGGGAUCUACCACCACACGGGGCUGAUGGAUCCUUUCAACCCCUUCGAAGAGACCAAUCACGCUGUCCUGCUUGUGGGGUACGGCAGCGACCCCCGUACUGGCGAGCCGUAUUGGAUCGUGAAGAACAGCUGGGGUACCUCCUGGGGGGAGGACGGCUACUUCCGGAUCCGCAGAGGCUCCGACGAAUGCGCCAUAGAGAGCAUCGCUGUGGCGGCUUCUCCUAUAACC